AUGUCUAACCCCAACAUUCCCAAAUGGUGUGCUCUGCCAAACCAUGCAAUUCCUCGUGUCUUGUUUAAGGCGUUGUGUAUGAUCGCUAUAUCGAAGUCGUCGGUCGAACACUGGGAAGAGCUCAGACAGAUUUCGAUAAAGAAUUCGGAAGAGCUCGAACGGAAUUCGACAGAGCCCAAACGGAAUUCAAUGGAUGAGAAAUGGGAGAAGCACAAGAAAAUGCUGAUAAAUCGGUUUGAAAACAUGAACAUCACAGCCGGUCUGGUGUUGACGUCAAGUGCUGUUUUCAUAUCCACCAUUCCUCGCAACAAUCCAAUCUCUUAUACCCUACGCAAACGGUCGUAUAUUCUCCUCGUCAUCUCUUUUGUUACUGCGUUGAUGAGUUUGAUGACUGGUACUUCUGUCCUCAUCAUCUACGACACUUGCUAUGCACACAAAGACGUAUUGGAAUCAUUCAAGGAAUCUCGAUUGCGCCUCAUAAUCUGCCUUUUACUGAUGGCAUUUCCUACGCUGGCUCUGAUAGUCUCGACAUUCGCUUUAAUGUCAGCCAUAUAUAUUGCAGGCUUCACGUCGGACAAACCCUACGUGAAAGUCCUGACUGGAUUAGCUUGCGUAAUACUUUUUCUCCUCGCCGGGCUCGCAAUAUACGUAUUCAACGCUCCUAUAAAAAAGGCUGCCCAUGGCACUGGUAACGUCAUAAACGUCUAG